CAACUAAAGUUACAAUUAUAAACUUGCUUUUUAAAUCUCAUGAUUGGAAAUCAAAAGCAGUAUUACCAGCUACGUCAUCUGGAUCAUCAUCUUCAAUAUUUUGUCAACUAGCCAGAGCCAUGAAUCUGAGAAACAAAAAUUCAAAUGUCCAUGUCGACGAUAGCGAAGUCAACGUCGAUCGUAAACCAAACCUAGUUCCAAUCUCUGAAACCCCCAGGGUCGAAAUAAAGGUUGAAGAUGAAGGUAUAUCAUCAAGAAGUCUACGGUCAGCUUCUGCUCAAAGUCCGACUGUAAACUACAAAAUGACAAGAAGUCGAAGUCAAAAGGAAGCUCAGCAACUGGACCAGGGAAGCAAAUCGAAGACUCAGACAUCAAAAAAUAGAAAGAUUUCUCAACUUGCUACAAAUCCAUCCCCGGCAUUGAAUAAUUCAGAGACAGAAGACAUCAAACCCCAAAUCUCUAGCAUUAAAAUGAGUCCCAUAAGAAGGCGCGACAAGUUUGUUUGCCCGAAAUGUAACAAAUCCUUCAAAUAUAUAUACAACGCUAAAUCUCACAUAGAUCUUGUCUGCGGAUUGUCUCCCCGAUACGCCUGUCCACAUUGCGAUAAAACUGGAAAAUAUUAUUUUAAUAUCAUCAGUCAUUCAAAGUCCCAUCAUCCAGGAUUAGAUAGUUACGCCAUCGAUACUGUCACAAACCAGAUUAAACGCUUACAAAAAGAAAUGACAAAACCUCUCAGAGAUUCGAUUGUAGAUACAAAGCCCGUUAUAUUGGAAAAUCCGUCACAGGAUUCUCCACAGCCUGGCACAAGACUCAGAAAUUUACGAAGUCAAACUAACAUCAAACUUAAGCAAGAAAAGGUUGAUACAGAAUCGCCAGAUAUUUCUAAUGUUUCAGAGGAAUCUUUGCGAAAAUUGCAACCAAACACGUGCAAUAGCUGUGGCAAAUCCUUCCCAUUGGAAUAUGGACUCUCCAGACAUAUUUUCGAAGGAUGCGAACGAUAUCGCUACACAUGUCCCUACUGUCAGUACCAAGAUCAAAGAUUAUUUGUUGCCUUUUGCCACUUAUCAAAGGAGCAUGCAGGAUCGAAGAUUUACAUGGUCGACAAUGUGACUGGGAAAAAUGUGGAACUAGGCUGUGCUACGAAAACGGAAAUUCCCGAUGCUGUUGAGUCCAAUGAUACGUUCAAUAGUGAGAUUGGUAUCGAAGUCAAGAAUCCUUUGAGCAAGACAGUAAAGCAAUUCUCAGAAGAUUCGAAGCAAUUCCAGAAGGACUUGAACAAGGAGUACGAGUGUCCCAACAAGUGCGGAAGAUACUUCGGAAACUUUCGCAGUAUUAAUCUGCAUGUGAAGCAAUCUUGCGUCAAAGUCAAAAGAUUCAAGUGUCCCUUCUGCGAGGAAUUGUCUCACGCCUUUAGAUUCAUAGCUACGCAUAUUAAGAAAAGUCAUCCGAAUCAGAAGCUUUAUGCUAUUGAUCUGAAAAAGGGACAGCUCGUCUACAACAAUCCACAUGCUCAGUCGAACGCAAAGAAUAAACCAAAUCCGAGGAAGGAGAAUCCAAAGAAAGAGAUUCCGAAGAGAGGGAACCCGAAGAAAGAUAAUCCGAAAAAGGAGAAUCCGAAGAAAGAUGUUUCGAGAAAGAGCAUUCGGAAGAAAGACUCAAAUUUUCCAGAAGAGGCUCCAAAGGUUAUGCUUCCAAAAGUCAAACACGAGAAGGUUUUUCCGUGUUCGAAGGGAUGUGGCCGACUCUUUUCACAUAGACAUCACAUGAGGACUCACGCGAUGCGAGUCUGCAAUUUACCAAAGCGUUACAAGUGUCCCUACUGUGAACAUAUCUGCAAAAUUAGCUCGAGUGUGACUAACCACAUAAAUAAUCGUCAUCCCCAUUUAAAGAAUUAUUUCAUUGACAUUCUGAAAGAGGAAAACCUCGAUUCUCCAGACUGUGAGAAUAAAAUAAAUGUUGAAUCUGAACAAUACCAUGAUGUCGGAAAUAUUAAGAUAGAAGCCGAGAGUGUUCACUUGAAUGAUUCUAUUGAAAUUGAUACAAUCGAUGACGAGCCAAACGAAGAUGAAACAAUUGGGAAUCUGCAAACUGUAGACGAUGUAUUCACUUCAACACAAAUUUUGGGCGAGUCAAACGAUCGUAGUUACCUGGACAUUUUACAAGCCAACGUUGCUCCUGAAAAUGACACCGAUAAUUUCAUGUAUGAAUACAGUCAAAUUGAGGAAUUGUCAGACGAUGAGAAGUCCAGGAAUGAUUUAUCCGAGGAGGAAAUUCAAGAAGAGAUUACAAAGUUUGUUGAUAUGGAGACUGAGGAAGUCAAUAAUGAGGCUAUUGAAGCUCUAGAUAUGAGAAACAUUGUGAAUCCAUUUUCGAAGAAGUUCACGUGUCCUAAUAAGUGUGGCUCUACUUAUGCCAGAGAAUCGACAUUGAAGAGUCAUUUACGAUUUCAGUGUAACUUUAGCAAGCAGACAUCGAAUGGUUACAGCCAUGCGAGAAGAGUACUGACUGAUCCGAAAACGUUUUUAGUUGACGUCACCACGAAGGACAAAAUUGGUAAUACAAGGCUCAGAAAAACAGUCGUCCACCAAGUUGUUAAGGAAGAUAAUGUAAAAGUUGUAGAGUUAAACAAUGAUUCAGCUGAUGAAAUUGAUGAACCUGAUGAGCCUAUUGUUGAACUCGGAGAUGAUGUUAGUUCAACAAUUUAUAAGUGUCCUUUCUGCCGAUUUUAUACUGAGAUUCCCGAGGAAGGAUAUGAUCAUAUGAAACGAAAACAUCCCAACGAAAAAGGUUUUAUGAUUGGUAUAAAGUCUGAAAGUGAGGAUGAAGUAGAUUGACAUCUAGAUGAUAUCUAGUUUCAUUUCUUCGAGGUAUAUGAUAAGGGUUUAAUUUUUUUUUUAAUUUUGAUGAGAGUUCUUAUCUACUUGAUUAAAAAAGACUUUAGUACAGUUCGAUUUAUAUUUUUUUAUAUAAAUACAAGAAGAACUGAACAAUAAUUUCUACAGGAAAAUAAAUAUUAUGUAAAAAUAAUUUCAAGUUAUAACAAGAAUUCUAACUGCCAAAAUGGCUUAAAAUAUAUGUUACGCACGUUCAAAUUAAGGUCCAAUUUUCGAAAAUAUUUUGUCUAAAGUGUAUAUAAUUUAUUCAAUUGGUG